UCGACAAAGCAAGAAUACGAAAGCGAGAAUCGAAAACACGACACACGAUUUACGUGGUUCACUAACACGAUGUGUGUUAGCUACGUCCACGGGCGAGAGAGAGCCAAUUUCACUAUAUCGAGGAGAUUACAGAUUACAGAGGAGUAUGAGAAGUAUUUAUAGUACUUCUCCAUGUGGGUCUAAACCUAAUCCAAUCUGGCAAAGGAAACGGUUAUAGACCAGGCCCAGAACCCGAACCCAAAUAACAUUGAGCCCAUAGAUUCUAAUUAAGUCACUCUCGUCUCAAUUUUGAAUUUCACAAUUUAGAAGCCCCUAUCCAACUCAAUUUUGACUUUCCAAUUUAAGUCACUCUCGUCUCUCACUUAAUAUCUUGUUAUUUUCAUAACACCAAAAGACAAACACUGGUAUUAGUAGUCUCUGAGCCUCCAAUUCGUCAAAUAAAAGAAUACCAAUUGCAAGCAUUUGAGAUGUCACCUCUCCCUCCAUCUUCUUAUUCAUAUCCUAGUUCUAGGAAAACUCAAGACUCUUUGCUUAGUCUCUUUGCCAUAAAUUAAAUAAUCAAAUCUAUUUUAUAUAUUUAAUUAUUGAUUAUCAAGGUAAUUAAUUUCGUAUUCGAUAAUACCGAAUGGGAUACCGAAGUAUCGAUUGAGAUAUCGAAAUAUUUAGGGAUUGGGAUUGAGAUACUAAAAUUAUUUAGGGAAUGAGAUACUGAAAUUAUUUAGGGAUUGAGAUUGAGUUUAGGGUGUAAUUCGGUAUUUGUAAUUUUGGUAUUUGGUAUUGGGAUAUCGAUACCGUACCGAUUUCCACCCCAUAUCAGGGCUAUGAAUGGUCUGAAUGAGAGGAUAAAUGGAAAUGGGCCUAUUAACACAAGGAUUGAAGAGGACGCGAGGCCCAUUGGACCUGGUCGAAGACCAAACUUCAUCUGAACCGAUUUUGUUUGCUUUUACAUGGGGAUAAGGUGUCAGAGCCCAACAACAGCGUGGAGUUUGAUCCCGUCAAAUCAACAGUAUCAUUUAUAGCUGAAAAGUAAAACUGCACUCCCCAUUCAAAUUUUCCUGCCCAUAGAGUGAUUUUAGGAAGCUGAUGUGGCAGGGUGUUAAGCGGGGAAAAAAUAUAACUCCCCGCCAGAUUGCAGAACUAAGAAACCGUCCACUACCCACCUUUUCUCCUGGUUUCCCACGUCUAUCUAGAGUAUCAUUUAUAGUGGAAACAUCAAACUGCCUACUCCAUUCAAAAAUCCCUAUCCUUAGAGGGCUUUUUGCUCUCUCCAUUUUGGAAACAUUACAAUGUUCCUUUCUCACCUGUAACCUAUUCUCCCUUCCUGCAGCAACGGUGAACUCAACCAAGGAUACCUUUCUCCCUGGGGACGACAUGUAUGAACCCUUUUUCGUUGUGGAAGAGAAGGAUGACAGGGCAGGGGCUUUUCGGCUUCUUCUUUUCUUCUCUUCCCCAACGAAUUGAAGGUCUAACGAAGGUUGACAUGAGCGAUUCCGAUCUUCUUUUCCGGGAGGGUCAUUCUGGACAGAGGAAUAGGCAAAGACGACGAAGAAGAAGUAUAAGGUUGCGGAGGAGGAGACAGGAGACGAAGGCGAAGAAAAUGAUGUUGAUAUUGUGCGAGUUUGCUGUGCAUUACCUCCAUGUCAACAAGUUUCAUCAUCGGCUGUCAUCUGCUGCUAAAACAUACUGCAAACCUCGACUUUAGCGGCGGUGGUUCAACUGGGCAAUAGAGACAAUUGUGUCAUUAAAAAGGGCAUCUAUCAACGACUGUAUGACUCCAAUUUCACAAGACUGCUAUGUUCUGUGCAUUUUCCCUUCCUUUCCCAUCAAUAGUUACAUCUUUUUGUUGGUUUGUAUGGUCAUUUGCUAAAAAUAGAACUUAAUCACAGUCAAGUUAAAUCCUUUUUGAGAUGUUUUUAUGUGAGUUAUGUUUUAGCUAAACUGAUAUGAGUUAUUUUUUGCUGAACUGAAAAGGUAUGGGGCACUAGAGAAGGUUGUUUCUGCUACAACUCAAAAACUCGCAACAAUAUCACCACUUCUGAUGAAACCAUAGCACUUGAUUUCACUUACAUGGUAGGCACUUGGACUUUAUGUAUAUCCAGAAGAAAAUCUGUUAUUGAAGUUCACAUCCAGAACAUUCCCAACCUUUUAUUUUGCUUGGACCAUAUAGUUGUUGUGGGUUGUCUACAGUGAUGAUAGUUAGGUUUUACGGUUAAUUUUGUAUACCGUCUUGCGUGGUUAUUAUUUUUCCUCUAUGUUUCAAUUAGAUAACACCUUCUGCCUCUUCUAUUCAGUAAUACGGGAUUGGAAUUUCUAUUCAUGUUGUUUGGUUUCAUCUCCAUACCUUGAGUUCAAAUUAUAAUUAGCCUUUCGUUGUCAAACUUAAAAUAACAAUCCAGUCUUCAGUUUUAUGAUACCCUCUAUUUCAGUAGGUAGCAAAUGUGCGCCAGGGGGUAAUGGAAUCAACCGAAUCGAUGACAGUAUUUUGACAAGGCAGGCUCUCUCUCUCUUCAAAUCGUUAGAACAAAAAAACUUGGAUCCUCUUUGAAUCGACAAACCCAGGUAGUUUCGUUUUGUUUACGAUUUUACCUGUUUUUUGGUUGGAACAUAUUUUGGUGCUUUCUUACUGGUGAGUUCAGUUAGUUAACUCUCUCAAAUGUUUUCUAGAUGCUAGAGCUGCCUCUAAGAUACUUGAUCAGGUGUUCUUUUGGAUAUAUAGCAGGUCUCACUGAUUGAAGUUUUAAGAUCCUAGAGGUAUUUAUUUAGCAUAUGAAAGGUUGAGUGAGGAAGUGUUUGGAUAUGUUGGAUCUUUAGUAGUUGUUCCAGCUUAUCGUUUUCGACUCUAAGAAAUGCAGUGCACUUUCUUAGUUUCGUUUGAACUCUAGCUAGCAAAGUUGGUUAACAAAUCGAUUUUCACCUGACUAUCGCUGCAAUAGAAAGUGGUAGUGGAACGCGGUGGCUCAUAGAGUGAAUUAUCACAGAACUAUUGACAUUUUUUGCCAUGGUAGUUUACCAUACCGAUUAGUACUGCAAUCUAGGUUAGUAUGAUGAUGAUGAUGAUGAUGAUGAUGAGAUCUCAAUCAUAUCUGUGAUUGGCCAUAUUUAUGUAAUUACUUUGAUGGGUUGGUAUAUAUGUAGAGUGAGAUCAGAAUUUAGCAUGAUAGCAUUUGGGAAAUUGCUGCAGGAUUGGAUAAGAAGUUUGGUAUUGGACAGUGGUAGCUUUAGGUCUAGCGGAUUUGGAUUCAUGGCAUGACCUAUGCUUGGAAGGCUGGGAUACUUUUGGUAUUGGUGAUACAAUCCGCGGGGCACGUACGGGUAAGCAUCCUAUCAUCCAUUCAUCUUUAUGUUGAUUAAAAGUUGUUUACUUAUUAAAGACUACAACUUUUGGAAAUGGAGUCCAGAAGUGUGGUUUGAUCAUGUCAGAAGGGAACUGGAUUCUGAGAAAUCGUACAAGAACAGGGAUAGGCCGAAAUUCAUAACUGAGGUUUUGUGUCAAAUUACUUCAAGAAUUUGGUAGGAAUUUCACAAGCGUGGUUGUGAUUUUUCUGCGAUGGAUCAUCAAGAAGGAACUUAUGGAGACACUCUGAGACCUUCCUAAUGACGAAACGUGAUUGUAUUAUGGUGGUUUCUUUGUGGUAGAAUAUGAUGUUCUUUCUCUAUUUCGGUUACUGUAAGCAUGAAUGAGAGGAUGAACAUGUUGUAUACAAAGCAUAAGAAUGAGCCUUUUCCAUAGCAGCCAGUGUUUUUCCUUCUAAUUUUUUUUAUUGUCGUGAUUAAUAUUCUUGUCUUUGGCCCUAGCCACAAGCGUAAAACGUCAGAAUAUUGCUAUACCAGUUGAUUGACUUUGAUUUCCCAGUGUAUUUUUUCCCCUCCCCCGAGAUGAUUGGAUUCUCUUGUGUUGCUUGGCCGCCUCCAGUUUCAAUUCAAGAAUCAGGUUAUCUGAAGGAAGUAUAUCAUAUUUGUAUGUAAUCUUAACUGUGCUACUUAUAAGUUUAGAAAGUGUGUAUCUUCAAUAUGCUACGCUUCCCAAUAGUUUAUGUAGCUUUUGUUGCUCCACUGAUAAAGCUAAGUUUUCUUU